CAGCAGCGGAAUCGCAUUUCUGAUAACUAGAUGUUCCCAGAGAAAUUCCUUUGCAAGAACAAAGUGGCAAUCUAACCAAUUAACGGCAACGCAUUAUCGCACUAAAUUCCUUCCAUCAUGGGUUGGAUUGAAAAAAACAUCUCUCACUUCAUUACAAAUUUAAUAAGUGUCAUUCUCAAUACCAUGACGAUAUUUGUCAUCAUUGGAAGCAGAAGGCUGAGGAAGAAACAGAACAUCUUCAUCUGCAACAUCGCCUUGGUAGAUUGUGUUGCUUCUGCCCUAUCUUUUGUUUAUUGGCUGAUGCUUUAUAUCGGACUAAGAUCGGAUGAAAACGUAUUAUUGGUAAUGAGUGCAUCACUCAUCGUCGAAACAGGUAGCACCUUAUCUGUGGCUCUGUUCCGACUCAUCACCCUCCGUUUCGACCCAUUCAACAAGCGGAACCUGGUGACGGCGCCUCGCUGCAUCUUGGCCUGUAUCUUCAUUUGGAUCAUCCCUAUCGGGGCCCUCUUCAUCAUCACCAAAGUAAUUGAUGAGCGUCAUCGUUACUCGGGAAUCCAAAAUUAUCUUCUAUUCAUCAUUAGCGUUGUAGCACAAUGUCUUUGCGUGGCUUGUUACGUUAUCGUGUACUUGGCUAUCGCAAGCGCCGGGCGAAAGGCCGGUCUGUCGGGGCGUGCACUAGAACAGCGCGUCAAACAAAACAAGAGUAUCCUGGCUACAUUUGCACUCGUCUCAGUCUCGAAUGUCGUUUGCUUAUGUCCGGUUAUCUUUAAUUACUUUAUUCCUUUUUUAAAGAUAGACUGGGUUCGAAACGCAGCAACUUUCGAGGUAUACCGUUGGUAUACGAUUUAUGUACCCUUAUCAUUUACCAUGAUGGGAUUAAAUGGCAUAAUAAAUCCAGUCAUAUACUGGACUCGGUUAACGGAAUUUCGGAAAUGUCUUUGUGAUAUCUUCUCUCGCAAUAAGCGUUCUCACAGUGAAUCUAGUACAGCAGUGACCGACGAUGAAGGUUCUAUACCAAAACAGGGAAAUUUUGUACAUGAAUAUGAAGAUGCUGAUAGAUCAGGCAAGCAGGUUAUCAACACUGUUACCAAAUAGGUCCGUUGUGAGGGAUUAAUACCCCCUUACACUUGACCGAAUGUAGGCGGACGAAGGGUGACGAUUUGGAAAAUGCACG